AUGAGACGACUCAAACUAUUUCGCCGUUUCCAUCGCCAGAAAGAGGCAUCCUGCUCUCCCCAACCUAGCUCCCCGAGAUCGAGCGAGUCGUCGGAGGUCUUUCCGCUAGUCGGUGGAAGCUCUGCCAAACACUAUGACACCGGCACCCCGUUCCACUCGGAAAUAGAGGCCCGUGAGGUAGAGGUCUGCCCCGGGCCACCCAAAGACUACAUGUCGCCAGUCAGCCGAGUGGAACACGAUGUUGGGAUGGAUCUUGCACUCCAACCACCACCUCCCUAUCAACAGUCUGAGCAGUUUCAGGUUCCGCUCCUCACUUCCGCGGCAGGGACUCAGAAGCCAACUCCUGCCCGAGUCAAGCCGCGUGCGUCGUUGGAGCAAGCUGAAUGUACCACUGUCCCGGCUCCAACCCUGUCUCCAGCCCCCAAUGAACAGGUUUUGGGCGUUGAUACAUCGACCAACCUGAGCCCUUCCCGCCCCCAGAAGUGCGAUGAUUGCGAGCAGGAACGCUCCGUUAUUUGGUUUUGCCGGGCUUGCAAUCUCGCCUUCUGUGACGAAUGUUGGGGUAGGCAGCUACCACACAAGAAGAACAAACCCGGAGAUGUCGCGCAUGAAAAGACCAAUACAGAGAUUGCGGAGAAGGUCAAGAACGUCCUGACACCUCCAGCGGAUGAGAUUACACGCGAGCAGCUUCACCAUGAGGAUGAGAUGACGGCUUGGUUCGGCCCAUCAGGGAUCGAGAGACGGGAUCGCGGCAAAGCCAGCCACCUUAAACACUCGUCCCCCAUUAUUGGCCGUGGAGGUAGCCACCACCCAACAUCAGAGGAUGUGCAUCUAUACCUCGAUCCUCGCACCGCUCAAACCGGUCACCCAAUCAUGAUGGUUGAUUGUGAAGGCUUGGACGGUGGCGAACUCGAUCCUGCUGGUGCGAAAUUCAGGUUCAAGAGGAGAGAAGGGGAAAAGAAGAAGGCGAUGGAAGACGAUGGUUACUUCAAGGCCUUGGGGAUCAGCUCUGAGUACAAACUCCAGUGGUCAGUCGGAGAUACAGGGAAGACCCGAGGCUUCGCGGUCACCCACCUCUACCCACGACUGAUCUACGCAUUUUCGGAUGUCAUCGUCUUCGUCCUGCACAACGCACGCCUCUACUACCUUCAUGUCAUUAUCGUGCUGAACAAACAUGAGGACUUUGAGUCGGCAGACACAACUGCCAUACUUGAAGACAUCUCGAGCAUUAUCGAGAAGAAUAAAACACUUUCCAAAUGGGCUGCCCAUUGGAGAGAGCGAGGCAAGGCGAUAGAGAAGCUCUCUCACCUUGUCCACUGUUACUACAGUUCCGUUGAGAUCAUGCGAGUUCCUGGCAAAGACAGACCUCAGCUCGUCCACGACAGAGUCAAGAAUCUGCAGUCGUCAAUCAAGAAAAGCUGCACUGCCGCUCAAACCGCGAGAAGUCGCGCCGGUCUGCUUCUCGAGGUCGAGGGUUUGCAGACAUACAUGCACGAAGCCUUUUCGAUCUUCUCCGCGGAACUAGACUCCCCAUUCGACUUCAUCAAGACAUCCCAUUUGAUGUCACGUCUCUCCACAGAUUUCAGCAACAGCCUCCUCCGGCUUUUACGGGACGUUGUGAAUUUGUGGAAGGACAAAAUGGAAGUCUCUGUGUUCCAGUUGUUAUUUGAAAUAAAUUGGCUUGUUGCCUCCUGCAUCAACCUUGACGCAACCCGGCAGGGUAUUCAGGGCACCUCGGCCGAUAUUAUGCUGAGAUAUGUCACACAGCUGGACGAGGUUCUCGAAACUUUCUGCAACCAACUGUGGCCAUGCGAGACCUGGGACCUGAUUUCGAAGCCAUCCACCCGCUGCAUCAACACACGCUUCGGGCAUACAAAAGGCCAUCAGUCUAAGAACGGAAAGGUUUUUUUGGCGGGUAGUUACAAAUCUAGCGUACACUUCGACGCGUACCGCCAAAAGUUCUUAGCCAGCAUCUACUGGAACUUGGAUCAUAUAUCAACCACCGUCGGUUCGCGAGAUGUCACGAGACUACACGCGGCGGCUCAAGUCCAUCAAGGAAUCAUCCAAUCGUUUUUCCGACAGGCUGAUCCCCCCCACGAGCGGCCGCGAGGAGCAAGUCGCCUCACAAGUCGCAGCUCUUGCUUCUGCUGUUUUGUCGAGCCAGGGGAACAUCCCAUGCCUUGUGAACACGUACUCUGCACCCCAUGUGUCAUGCUGUAUGGAAAGCACAGCCAAAUGACGCGAAUGGAACCCGAGUUGUCGUCCUGCCCCAUUGGGUGCAGAUGGUCAAAGGACGCCGCGCCCCAGGUUGUCCGGCUCAAGCCCAAGUCCGCUGGGGUCCGGGUAUUAUCACUGGAUGGAGGCGGAAUCCGGGGGUUAGUGGAACUCGAAACUCUUCGGCAGAUUGAGAUUGCUCUGGGCGGGAACCUUCCAAUCCAAGCGUUCUUCGACCUCAUGGUCGGGACAAGCACCGGAGGUAUUGUAGCGCUCGGUCUCGGCGCCAUGGGAUGGUCAGUGAAUACCUGCAUUGACCGAUUUCGGGAGCUCUGUACCGAGGCUUUCACCAGAAGAAGGGGUGGCAUCUUGGUUGAGAGUUUCUACCACUCAAAAUAUCAAACCACCACCCUCGAGUCUGCCUUACAGAAGGCAUUUUCGGAUCACAGACUUCUUUUCGGUGGCGGUUGCCAACCCAACUCUUCAAUACCAGCAGUCAAGGUCGCCGUGACCUCUUUCUCACUUGUCGAGAACAAGACGGCUGUAUUGUCGAACUACAACCGGCCAUGUACGGUUAGGACGACAGCCGCGGAGGAGCUGAAAAUCUGGGAGGCGGCGAGAGCAACAUCGGCGGCCCCCCAAUACUUCCAGAAGUUCCUCCACGGUCCCUCGCGAAAGACGUAUCUCGACGGCGCAAUGCUUCACAACAACCCUGUCGAAAUCGCAGAACAAGAGAGGACCGCACUCUGGCCUGACGUGCCCUACCCCGACGUCAUGCUUUCUCUGGGCACCGGUCACUCACUAGUUGAUCAGAGCUUUCCUAGUCGCAUGAGGCUAAUGAGGUCGAAGACAGGUAUCGUGACAUAUAUGCAGAAUCUCAUCGCCCUCCUCAGGAUGAACAUGGAAACGACGCUCAACUGCGACGAAGCUUGGCUUAAGUAUGAACACUUGGUACGGGCCAUUGCAGGGCGCUUUGAUGCCGCGAUACCUAUGUUUCGCAUCACCCCUACACUACAGGGUCAACUCCCCGCCCUUGACGAAACCGCCAAAGUCAAAGACCUCAACGAACAAGCUUCCAGGGCCUUGCAAGGCGAUUGUACCAUCACCAAAAUUGCGGCCCAACUUGUAGCAUCCUCGUUUUACUUUGAGCUUGAAUCGAUCGUGGACGGGUACGGGGAAAGGUUCAAGGCUACAGCGUCCCUGGGGAGGCACCUCCGCGAUCAAACGAGAGUGGUGAGCCAGCGCCCACUUCGCGUCCACGUCAGCAUUCGGGAUAAUCAGGGAAUCAGAGCGGAGGUUGCGGCUGUUGACCUGUCAAACAUGGUGAGAAGCAUGGUUCAAAACGAACCCUACUCCGAGCGCCUAUCUUUCGACCUCAAGCACAAAGCCGCACCCAUCGAAAUACGACUGCAGUUCGGAGAUGCGGCCUCCUCCAGUUGCCUCAUCAGCGGAUUUCCCCGGUCUCUGGUGCCCAACUCGUGGUCACGGGAAAGACCAAUUUCGCGACUAGCCGGUUUGGAUACCAACUCCUCCGUCGGCCCCCUUCGAGACGACAGAGUUUUGGACUGGAAACCUCCGGAGCGACAGGAUGGCAUGAAUGCCGUGGAUAUUCAGCGCUACAUAGAUCCAUCGCGAAAGCUGGGGUAUAACGUCGACGACCCAAAGAGACAAGAUUCUCGACUCAGAUCACAUCUACUUUCACGCAUCCUGCCUCAAAGCUCUGAGAACGAUGCCUCCCAUUUGGCAAAGAGCCGCAUGAACCCAAUACGAGCGGCACAUGUACGACAACGGGCUCUCGAGCUUGGACUCGAUCCGACAGAUUUGACUGACGUAAAUUGGUCUCGCUUCUUCCUGGCACUGAGCCAGGGAGACAAAGCACUCGGCAAACUCAUUCUGAUGAGUGUUAAGGCUGAUAUUAACCUUCAGGAUCGACGCGGCAGAACUCUGCUGCACAUUGCAGCGCUGAUUGGAGACGAGGAUGCGGUUCAUCUCUUGCAGCAGCACGGGGCGAGGAGUACCAGAGACCGCCACAGUUGGCUGCCUAUCGAUAUUGCAAGAAGGGAAGGCUUUCCACAGCUCUUCCACCUGCUGUCAUUAACCUCCCUCUCCCCUAAUGACCGUCAGCCUCUUCCUCUAUCAUAUUAUCCCGAGCCCACCGAAUGGGCUGGUUCUACCAACCCAAGCGCAGUCACCAUCAGCGACAAUGGUUUGGUCGCUUUCUUUGCCGACAAAGAUGCCUCUGGCCCGGCUGAGCGUCUGACUGGUGCGCGACGGAGCGUCAUCUCAAACCACCCUAUCCCACCCGAUAUGUAUGAGUACUACUUUGAGGUGGAAAUCCUGGGAGCAUGUCGGGACGGAAGAGUGACGGCUAUCGGGGUGACCAGGUUCGAGUCCAUGUCACGGUUCGGGUUCCAGACCCUCCCAGGAUGGGACUCGAACUGGGGCUAUCAUGAAAGAUGCCUUGCUGACGAUAAGGGCCAUCGCUCUUUCUCAGGAGUUGCUUGUAAGGGCGUCAAAGGCCAGCUGUAUCCUACCGUCGGGUUUUGCUGUCUUGGGAAAGUCAGAGCCAAGUUCAACGUCACGCCACCGGCGAGGGAAGAACCUCAAGAAGUGAGCGUCAGGCACCAGGAAGAGUUAGAAGCGUUGGAUUGGAUACCGUCGCUUGGGCGUGGGCGAGAAGACUUGUGA